CGGCAGGUACCGGUCUGCACGUAGAACGUUCAGGAUUCCGAGGUCGCUAGCUGACAGUUGGCGCAACGCAAGCAGCAGCCGCCGGCUGGUCGCGCCGCCAUGCCGACGCUUUCUCUCGCCCGUCGUGCCGCCACGCCGACGCUUCUUUUUCUGCUCCAGCUGCUCGCCUUUUCCCUGCUAGCCCUGCGAGCCUGCUCUCCGCGCAUGCAGCCGCCGCCCCUGGCGGUCAGCUGCCUCGGAGCUCCCGGGCGCGGCUCCGCAGGUCGCAGCGGCGACGGCUGGCUGUCCUGCCUGGGGAAUGGCACCUUGCGACUGCGGUACCGGCCAGCCCCAGGAGCGACAGCGGAGGCAGAGAGCACAGAGAGGCAGCCUGCCUCCCCGCCGCACUGCCGCUGGUACCUGAAUUGGGAUUGGGUGAAGAACACCUCCCUCUGGUCAGGGCAGCUCACGCUCCAGUCAGGCCUCUCCCUGGGAAGCGCUCUCUGGCCGGUGGCCUCCAGUCUCAUUACAGUGCAGUGCUCAUCUGCCUCAUGCGCCGCACCCGAGUGCCUUUAUCGCAACUUGAGCAUUGAGAUGUCAGCAAGGUGGGCCGCCCAGAAGAGCUCACACGCAUACCGUGAUGGCACGAGAAGCGCCGCCUGCUUGUUCCAUUGCUCUGCUUUCCCCGGGGAUCCUGAGAAACACCAAGGGUUCGUGGCAAAAGUGAGCAGCACCCGAAAUGGACUGACACCGGCUCUCCCCAGCGUCAGGGAUGACACUUCAAAAGCAACAGAGCUGGCAGUGCUUCACCAGGAAGCAGCCUGCAAAUUCAACUCGGUUACAAUUCAAAAACCUUCUCUUCAUACCUCUGUCAUACGUCAGAAAAAGGGGAAAACGUUUGAGCUGUAUGCCAGAGUGCUAGUGGACUGCAACCUCCACGUGUCCAUAAAGCCUCAGUGGAUAUUCUAUGCUGUUAAGGACAUGAAAACUAAUCCAGACUGGGACCAACCUUUAAAUACAUCAGCGAUGCACGGUGUCAACACAGUACAGCUAACGGUUCCCAGCUGGACCUUGGAUUAUGGAAUGUAUCAGGUCUAUUUUACUGCUUCAGUAUACGUGCUCGGGACCAAAAGAUCCUUCAGUAAGACAGACAGGGUUUUCGUCAAGAUAGAGAGAAGUGAUCUUGUGGCAAGUAUUGCAGGAGGCAACUUCCGGACAGUGGGCUUUUUUGAUAAUUGGACUCUCGAUGGCUCCGUGUCCUACGACCCCGAUUCACCGGAACAACUAAAGGGACUCACGUUUACUUGGUACUGCACUAAGAAGCUAUUGGACUAUGAAAGCAUGAGAAUCAGUGCGGGAAAUAAAUGUCAUCCAGCCCAGAGGGAUUUGAGGUGGCUGACAUCUUCAGGGGCUGUUCAAGUGCUAGCACCGGAAUCGCUCCCGGGAAACACUGUCUACCACUUCCGUUUAGUCAUUCAAAAGGAUAGAAGACAGAGUUAUGCCGACCAAAGCGUAAACGUGCAGUCUGGCUUCUCACCUCUCCUGGAUGUGGCGUGCCUUGAAAACUGUGGCAGCGCUGUAAUUCCGACAGAGAGGUUUACGUUGUCAGGCAGAUGCCUCAACUGUCAAACAAGCAGCCAGCCAGUCCACCAGUCAUCGCUUUGGGUGGAAAAUUCUUCAGAAAUUAGCUUUGACUGGUCUUCCAGAACCUCAACAGGUAAGUUUGGUUCUAUACAUGCUCUGACUUUUACCCGUAGUGCAGAUCAAUCAUACAUACUGCUACUACAAGUGACUACCUGGGGCGGUAGGUCAUCCCUCUACAGAUAUGCAUUUAAAGUAAACUCUCCACCCAGGGCUGGCAAGUGUAGCGUCAGCCCACACCGCGGUACAGCUUUCCUGACAAAAUUUGUUGUCCAGUGCAGUGGAUUUUCGGACAGCAACUUACCCCUGACUUACAAAGUCAUAGUAGCUUCCGACGUAUCCAAAACUGCCAAAAUUAACUCGGUGGAGGACAACACAUUUGGCACAAUUGUGUACUUUGGCUAUCAGCCUAGAAUGCCUCCAUCUCCCCUCCCAGUUGGUGUCCCCUCCCGGAGGUACGCUCUGACACUGUACGUUCAAGUGUGUGACUCUCUGGGGGCGUUUACCCAAGUGAGUCUGCAUGUCAGAGCACAGAACCCAGUGAGAAGUCGACCGCUAGCUGUUGUGUUUCAUGAACUGUUUGCCUCAGUGAGCGGUUUAAGUGUGCCCAUGACAGCUUAUCUCCAGACCGGAGACUAUUUUAAUGCGGGUUAUUUGCCUUAUCUUGCAGCUUCUGUCCUAAACUACAUCGAAGCCGCACCAACACUCCCAAUACCCAAGGCUCAGUUGAGGGAAAGCCUGCUUAAGACAGCCCUGAACAUUUUGGUUGAGAGCACGAUGGAAAUUAACCAAGUAACCGGAGUGUUGAAAACACAGAGGAAUGAGAGCCACUGGUCUGAACAAACAGAAAUUCAGACCACUGGAAUUCUAAAAUGCUUGCCCAACAUCCUGAGAGCUGCUCUUUUGAGUGUCAGGAAGGUCAUUGUUAGUGCAGUCACGCAAGUCUUCUCCAUUAUAAAAAAAAUAACUGAGAUUGUUUUCCAAGGCAAAGUCCCUGGAGAGGAAACCACAGAAGCCUGCAGGAAUUGUUUCUAUCCAACACUAAAAACUGGAAACUCUUCAAGGUUGUCUUACGAUGCCGUCAUUUCCACUGCCCUGUUUGAGUUUGAUGAAAACCCUUUCCCUUGGUUGAAUUAUACUUCAGAAAUUGCAACAGCCAUCUUGGGCUUCAAAAUGGCAGAGACCAAGGCUAAUGGGGAUCUGCUAGGCAUCCUGCCUGAAGAAGCAAACGUCCUUAUUGCUAGGAAAGAUACCAAAUCAUCAACAUUUCAGUUAGCAAUGGGACCUGAUAAAACACAAACCUACACAACCGGAGGAUUUAGUCUGGAGGUGAACAGAGAUACCAAGAUCAUAUACAUCCAGAUCCUGACAAAAUUAGAAGUGGCUUUCCAGGUGCUCGUGUUCACUGGCACUAAUGUCACUCAGAAUUUUCCCAUAGCCUCUUUUGAUGCUUUUCACAACAUGACAACGGUGGCAAGCAAAACCAAGGCAGUGGAUGAAGAGUGUAACAUCAAGGCUCCUUACAUCAUCUGCCUCACCGAGUCAGUGCUGAACGUCGCAGCUCAAGGAAGCGGUGCCCAGAGUCAGAACAUUUCCAUCGUCUUGCUGACCCCCUACAUCACAAGGUAUCCAAACAUGAGGCUGGUGAGCAUACACACUUUUAGCGAUCACUGCUUGUUUCUGGGGGGAGUUCAAAAUCAGUGGAGGGAGGACACGUGCAGACUUGGUUCCCUGACCAACUGGCAACGGGUACACUGUGUCUGCAGCAUGAAGCGGAGUCACAGGAGCCGGUCAGUCCUCACUGCCUCAAAUACAUCCACACUUGACAUCAAGUUCCUGGCAGCCAAAGUCAUUGUGACCCCCAACAGAGUAGAUCUCAAAGGAAACCUAAUAGCGGACCUCCCUAAGAACCCCGUGACCCUUCUAACAGUGCUCUUCAUUUUUGCAGCCUACUUUCUUUUGUCUCUCUGGGCCGUGCGGAAAGACAGGGCUGAGAUGGUCAGCAAAGACAAAAUUAUAGUUCUGCCCGACAACGACCCCUUUGAUAAAGUCAGCUUUUUGGUCACUUUGUACACCGGCAGUCGCUGGGGAGCUGGAACCAGCGCAGAUGUUUUUCUUCAGCUCAUCGGCCAGAACGGCACAAGUGAUAUCCACUGCUUGCGGCAUCCACAGUUUCCUGCUUUCCGUCGAGGAAGCACUGACUGUUUUCUCUUGACUACGAAGGAAGACCUGGGAGACAUCUGCGCCUUCAGGGUCUGGCACAACAACAGAGGCCCAUCGCCAGGCUGGUUCUUAAGCAGAGCCAAAGUUGAACACGUGUCCGCUCAGAAGACCUGGUUCUUUAUGUGCAGGAAAUGGCUUGCCCUUGACAAGGGAGAUGGCUUACUAGAAAGGACAUUUUCCGUCACCAACCCAAAAGCACCUCUAUCCAGAAAGGAUUAUUUUUUGAUUGACCUGGCCAGUGGUCUGAAAGAGGGCCAUCUAUGGCUCUCCGUUUUUGCUCAGGUUCUCACUGGCACUUAUAGCAGGCUCCAAAGGUUAUCUUCCUGUCUAACAAUAUUAUUAUUAAACCUGUUCGUUAACAUUAUGUUCUUUAAUGCUGACAGGGAUGAAGAAUCUCCAAGACACCUGAGGUGCUUGAGAUCAAUUGCCAUAGGCAUUGAAUGUGCUUUGAUUACAGUACCUGUGGAAAUGAUUAUAAUGGCCUUAUUUAAGUAUUCCCAGAAGAACCCAGAGAGAAGUCUAACUCUGCUUCCUAUGAAUCUUAAAACCUGGAGAGUACAUUCGCAAAAAAGGAAACGUUCAGAAACGUCAGCACAAUCUGGUAGCAUUAGUUCCCCGGAGAACGUUGCUGCUCACAGCGAUUCUCAGGGCCCGAUGCAUAACUUGAGGAGAAGAAGAACUGAGGGAAAGACGAGAAGCCAGGGAGCUCCCCAGAACAGCAGUAACUGCCCAGUUUCUGAAGGAGGUGCAAGUACCGCCGGAGACAAGGAGCAAACAGGAAAGAAUUCCUGUCCAAAGGUUAAGGCCAGGCAGAGACUACCAUCAAAUUCCAAUUUCAGCAAUAACUGCGCAAAGGAAGCAGGUAACUUGCAGGAAGAAAGCAAGCUACUCAGCGUUAGCUCUGUGCCUUUUAGCAAGAGACCACCCAUAGUUUGUUGUUGGUGGUGUGUCUAUCUCUCGUGGGUGUUAGUGAUAAUUGUAAGUGGGGUAUCGUCAUUUUUCAUUGUACUGUAUGGUUUGUCUUACGGCUACCAGACUUCGCUGGAGUGGCUUUUAGCGUCGGCAACUUCCUUUAUUCAAAAUGUGUUCUUUGUUUCAAUCAUAAAAAUCAGUUGUUACUCAGCUUUGAACACAGUUCGUCCAAAAUACUGCGAAAACAUUCCAUGGUUUACCCAGGAUCUCUCUUCUGAGAUUCAAGCAGAAAAGGAAGCAAUGAAUGAAGAAGAGAUGCGGGAGAAGCACUUCAAGCUUGCCCAGAUCAGAGACACCGAGCAGUACAAGCCUUUAAAAGAUGAAGAAAUUGCAAAGAUGCUGGAAACGGCAAAAAUUAAAGUCAAGGCAUUCAUUUUCAUAAAAGAUGUUAUCGGUCACCUUGUGGUUUUAGCAGUUGUCUUAUGUUUUGCUUAUUCUACUGUGAACACUAACAGUUUCCACUACAACCAAUUUAUUCGGAACCAGUUCUCUCCCAGACUCCCUGCUGUGGUUAAGCUGGCAGAUAUUUACACGUGGGUGAACGACACCUUCUUGCCUUUGAUCCACAACGACGUUCAGCCAACUUUUCUUACCGACAGCUCAUCCAAAAUCAUCGGUUUGCCUAGGAUGAGGCAAGUGCGGGCUAAAGGUACUGAGAAAACUUGUUUCCACCCUCACAGCUUUGUAAAUAAAUUUGUAAUCAGUAAAAGCCACUGCCUUCACAAAUACGGCAGGGACCUCGAAGAGAAAGGUGACUAUGCUGGCACGUGGACAAAAGUCACCAACCGUUCUUUUUCCGAGGAAACCAGCAGUUACCCUGGGUUUACUUACCAACCAAACAGGGCUCCCUGGACUUACUUCUCAUACGGAGAUCUGCACACAUACGGACCAGGAGGAUACACGUUUUACUUUUUCCCUGAAGAAGGAAGACGUAAUUCAACAACAAGGCUGGAUUUGCUGCAGGAGAGCAACUGGCUUGAUGAAAAGACCUGGGCUGUGAUCAUCGAACUGACUACGUUCAUGUCUGAUGGAGAUCUCUUUUGCAGCAUCUCAGUCAUAUUUGAACUGUCUGAUUUUGGGAUCAUAAAACCAACUUUGUCAGUACACUCAUUUGCUGUCCCCAUUUUCCAUCAGCAAACUAAAGGUCAACAAUUGUUUUUCCUAGCUGCUGUUGCCUUUCUGCUCAUGUACGUUGCAGAUGGCCUCUACAGCAUGGUCCAAGGAAAAAAAAAUAUUUCCAGGACCAUCAGCUUCAUCUUAAAAUUGGCAUUCUUCCUGAUUAUUCCUUUCCAGGUUUUAAAGUUCAAGAUGGGAGCUGAUAUCGUUCAUUUUUUCUUACUUUAUCCAAACGAUUUCAUUCCUUCUCACGCAGCUUCUCAUCUAGAUCAGAAUCUAAGGAAUACUUUGGGCUUUUUGGCAUUUCUUGCAGUUUUGAAGACACUAAAGUAUUCUCAAUUGUUUUACAAGGUGCAUCUGGCUCAAAGAUCAAUCUUGGCAGCCCUUCCUGGGAUCUCCUCAAUGGCCUCUGUGGUGAUGGUGUACUUCUCUAUCUUUAUGGCUUUUGGCUACCUUGUGUUUGGCCAGCAUGAAUGGAAUUACAAUAAUAUGAUUCACUCAGCUCAGACCGUAUUCUCUUACUGCGUGUCUGCUUUCAGAGAUACUGCAUUUUCAUCCAGCAGGCUGAUGGGUGGUUUUUUCCUCACCUCCUUCCUGCUGGUGAUGACCUGUGUUUUGAUCAACCUCUUCCAAGCUGUUAUUAUGUCUGCCUAUGGAGAUAGGAAACAACUUGUCUGUGAAGAACCACCUGAUGAAGCAAGAGCGGUUGCUUUCCUCCUGCAAAGGAUGAAAAAGAUGCUGUGUUUUCCAAUCUGUAGAACGGCCAAAAGAAGUGACCCCAGUCUUUGCCACGGUGUGCCCAACGGGCAAGCUGAGAAGAGAGUUCAGUGACAUUCGGGCCUUGAGAAAAGAAAAGCAAACGGGGAAAAAUGGUUUGUCUUGUAAUAAGAGCAAAGCAAGAUACUAUUUUCCAGACCACCUCUAGUCUGUAACACUUGUGUUUCAAAUAAAUGUUUUAAAUUA